CCUGAAAAGUAAUUUUAUGGUGGUCGUUCGAGCCGGGGCGUCAGUCGCGAGUCGCCCCAUGGCGCCGAGAUGUCGCAUGGCGCCUCCAUACCCGCGACGACGGCGCUGCCAAGCGAAUUCAUGCUUGCCGGUUUAUCAGUCUCGCGUAUUUUGAACUUGGAACAUGGUGAAUACCUAUACAAAACGUAUUUUAUUUUAAUCAAGUGAUUAUUUGAUAAAAUACUUCAACUAAAUAAACAAAAUAUAAAAAAAAAGUAAUUACAAACUGGACCGUAGAAACGAAUUAAUAGAAGAAUUUUAAACACCACCCCCUUUUUCGAAACGGUCCAAAAGUGUUAAAUAUAUCCACAUAGUUUCUAUUUUUUAAUUAGCAGAUUUAAAAAUAAUUAAAUUUAAUACUCUUCAAAUAAUUAGUUUAGUUUUUAUAAUAUUAUUUAAACUUACUUACUUACCUAUACAUAGUGUUGCAAGCGAAUCGGAGCUACGGAUUACUUUGGUCAUAACCGUUAUGAACUUUGACCUCGCGAACACAACAAAUUGUUGAUGAGUUUUUAUAAAAUUGUGUAUAUUUAGAGAUUCAACAUAGGUACCUUUUAAAUCUCAUCAAAAUCAAACCAACGGUUCGAAAGUUAUCGCGUUACAAACAUACUAGGUACAUAGGUACUUACAUACAUACAAAAAAUUUAUUUUUGUCUGUGUUGAUUUGUAGACCCCGCUCGCUUCGCUCGCUCGGUAAUUAGUAUACCUAUGUAGUUAUGACAUGAUAAUGCAUUGUAGAGUUACGUCCACCUAAUGUUACAUAAAUAGUUAUGCAAUUAAAAUAAAUGACUCAUUAUUAGAAGUUCGGAAAUGAAGCAUUACAUGACUUACGGGAUCAUAAAGAGACCUACCUACAGGGCUAUCUCUAAAGUAUAUUUCUGGCAAAAAACAACUAUCGUGACUAGAGACAGCACAGUGUAAAUAAAAAUGUAAAAAAAAAAUACAAGUGGUGAUGGGCAGACAUAUGCUAGAAUGGAGACCAAAAAAGACCACAUAAGGAAAAGUUCGCUGGAGGGUUGAGGAACGUACUCGACUGGAUAAGGAAAGUCGAAGAGUCACGGAGGAGACCUAUAACCAAAGACGAACAUAAAAGAGCUAUACUCAUGAUGAAAUGUUAGUAAAGACGGCUUAGUAAACGGGGAGGGCUGUAUUAUUUGCGUGCUGUGGAAAAAUAAAAUUAUUUUUCAUUUCUAUAAUACUUUUCUAUAUUUUUUUAAAAUGUUUAAUGUAAUAACUAGUUUUUCUAAUUAAGUCUAAACAAACUCUUAAUUUACUUUUUCCAAAAAAGUUAAAAAGACAGGACCUACAACCGGUGUAACAUUGAGUAGGAAAAAAUUGGACUAACAGUACUGAUACUGAAGCUAUAUUUUGGGCACUCGUUCAUAACCUUGGGGCAUAUGCGUCAUGUCCAUCGGCGUCGCCUAUCUACCUAUAUCAGACAUUCCUGCCGCUCGGAGUCUAUCGCCGCAGUCAUAGUGCGAUCCGUGACAGCCGAGAGCACCACAUUUAGCUGACCAAUAAUGAGAGUGUAUCAAAAGUACGCCAAAAUUACCGUAUGUGUGUUUUUAACAGCAGUAUUCUUUUUUAUCUACAAAUAUUUAAGUGACAAUAAUACAAAUGUUAUACAAUAUGUUCACCUUAAAUCUAACGAAACGGAUUUGAAAUAUAUUUUGCUGUGGACUUCCCCCAAAACAGAGCCUUUUGUGUUCAUUGGUCUUGAACGUAGUGGAUUCAUCAAACGGAACUGUUCGUACACUAAUUGUUUUGUGACGGCUGAUAGAAAUUAUUUUGAAAACUAUGGUCAAUUUCAUGCAGUUGUUUUUGCUAUGUCCGAAGCUACAAGAUACAAGUCUUCACAACUUCCAAAAUACAGAUCUCCAGAUCAAAAGUAUGUAUUUUCUAGUAUUGAAUCUUCUCAUUACUACCCGGCGUGUUCAGACAGAUUUAAUAAUUACUUCAAUUGGACCUGGAGCUUCAGACUCGACUCGGAUUGCAGAUAUGAGUAUAUGGCCAUUCGUGACAUGCACGAUAAUGUCAUUGGUCCAAACAAGAUAAUGCACUGGAUGAAAGUGGAGAAUAUGACACCUGUGAGCAGUGAGCUCAAGAAUAGUUUGCAGUCAAAGACCAUAGCAGCGGCUUGGUUUGCUUCCAACUGUCACUCGAAAAGUAAACGAGAAGAAUUCGUUGAACAACUUCGAAAUGAAUUAUCUAAAUACAAUCAUACAGUCGAUAUCUAUGGCAAGUGCGGUAAGUUGUCAUGCCCACGCAAAAAGACACAAAAAUGCUUCGAAUUAAUUAAAAAGAAAUAUUACUUUUAUUUAUCAUUCGAGAAUUCAUACAGUGUGGACUAUGUUACUGAAAAACUGUUGACUGCGCUCAAAAAUAAUGCUGUUCCAAUUGUGUAUGGAGAGGCUAAUUACACAAGAUUCAUGCCAGAUGGAAUGUAUUUGAAUGCUAGAACGUUAGGUCCAAAGGCGCUCGCAAAGCAAAUUGACUUGUUAAUAAGAAACCCUGACAAAUAUGCCGAUUAUUUUAGAUGGAAGAACCAUUAUUCUUACCACGGCAGACAUGAGAGUCCGGACACUGAUGACAUCUGCGCAUUCUGCAAGCUGCUGAACGAUGAAGAUAAAUUCAGAGAAAACUCAGUAGUUGGAAAUUUUCGAGAGUGGUGGGAUUCGCCUAAAUUUUGUUAAAUAAUUUCGACGUACCCGCCUAUAGUGCUGUGAUGAAAACGAGUCUAUUUAGCUGAACAGUUCCAUAGAAACUGAGAACUGACUAGAAGUGGGGACGUAUGACGGAUAGCUUAGCAAGCUGAACCACGGAGAACCGAAGAGAUUUCUGAACCAAAAAUUGCAGAGAAAUUGGUCAGCGCUGAAAUAUACGGCGAAGAACAUAUGGAAUCGGAGUAUCUGAUAGAAGUAGUAUUUAAUUUAUUCAUCUGAAAGUUAUCAAAAUGUGAAAUACUCAUUAUAAGUAAUAAAUAGUAGCAUAAUAAUUUCCAAUUAGUGUUGCCAAAAUAUAUAUAGUUUCAAUAUU